CAUGUUUCAACCUCGUUUCCAGAAGCUUCUUCUUCUAAUGCUUCUUCCGCAUUUUCUCUUGGAGAGUGAUCAUGGAUUAUCUCCACUUUUGUAGACGUAUGCGGCGUAGCAGACAGGCUGUGGAGCAGAUCGCCUCGCGUUACCCUUAAAGACGACCGACAGGUGAGUUUGCUUGCGCACUGUUUUGAGGGAGUAGUUAUUUUACUGAGGUGGCGCUGGAUCGUCUUGUAGGGGAUGAAGUAGGAUUGGAAACCUGAGGGACGGUUUGGUUUCUAUUUCUGAGUGGGUGAAGGAGUUAGGGUUUGCAGAGCCGAAUCUUGGAGGAGGUAAAAUUUGUGGAUAAGAUUGAAAGGGGGGGAUUCGAAAAUGGAGGCAGAGGGUAAGAAAGCGUCUGUCGUGGAUGUUUGGAAUGCUUUGAAAGAAGACGAUGCCACUCGGAGUACACGCAAUAUUGAUUCGAGGAUGAAAGUAGAUUGGAAUUCUUACCAUAUUAGGGAUGCUGUCAAACGGAAGAAGAAAGCCUACCCUUCUGCUAUGUCCUGCGAUUCACAUCUCGCGGAUUAUUCUCUCAUGGAAGCUGCACAUUUGUUUCGAAACUCUGAGGGAACGCUGGAAGUUGGGUGCCCCUACGAAUGCAGGGCUGAAUGUAAGAGCUCCAAGAGAGGGGAUGACAGUGAGACGCGGGUUCAUGGAGACAGAAAUUUGUUUCCUGGUGAAGUUGACCGGCAGCCUGAUCUUGCGAUCUUGCAAUAUGCAAAACUGAAAGCAGCGUAUCUAGAAAAGAUCCGAAAAGACAGUUUAGCCAACGCGGCGACCUGUGUAGAACAGCUGAAACCUAAUGCAGCCCCAGGUAAUAGGGUACCCCAUGAAGAAUCUCAUCAAGAAAGUACUGGUGUGUCCGAACAAGAUCCUUUCAAAACAUACUCUGACGUUGUUGGCAAGCUCGUCGUGGAUAAUGAGAACCUUCAGCGCGACAGCCAAUGUUUUGACAAUGAUCUUGACGAUGGUGCUCUGAAAAAUGGAGCGCACCCAGCGAGUGUUUAUAUGUGUUCUAAUGUGGAGGAGAGCGUUGAGAAGAGUCUGGACGAAGUGGUUCCUCCUUGUGGAGCGGUCAAAAGUCAAAAUCUAGAUGACAAAGACCAGAAUUUGGCUGCAAGAAUAGAGCAGGCAACGAUGGAGCAAAUAGAAGGGGUGGCAGUACAGAUGGGGUCAGGACGAGAACCAGCGAACCACGAAAUAUUUAAUCCUGUCCAGGCAACUCCAGCUCUUGAACCCCAUCAUAUUCGCUUUGCACUUCCCGAGGAGCAAUCACGCAUUCCGGUGACUACCGACACUGCCAAUACCGUAGAUAAUCCUGAGAACCAAAAUUUGGCCACUGCGUUGAACAAAGACUUGAACUCUUUGACAGCCGACGAGGGAGGAGUACGUGUAGCUGCUCUUCAGAGACUUCAAGUGACCCUCUUUGGAGAAGAGUCGUGCUUUCAGAACAUGAGAGAAGAAACCGGGUCGAAAGGAGAGAGCAGGCGGCACAGCCUGGGAUGGGCGGCAGAAGAGUUGGUCGUCAAACCUCUAUUGCUGCGCUUUGAAGAUCCCUCGGAAAAAUGCAGGAUACUCGCGAUUACGAUUCUUCAUAAGUUGCUACUAGAAGUGCCAAGCGCGGUGAUAGUUUUGCUGCCAUACAUUCUCCCAGUAAUUGGCGAGCGCUUGCCCCUCAAGGUUCCCCUUGCUCCAAGUAACGACCAAGAUGAACUAUUGAAAGAACCGCCCGUCAUUCAAGCCCUUGUCGUAGAGCCAUCGGAAGAGGUGAGGUUGCAACUGGUGCAGGUCAUAAGUUCUCUUUUGAAGCAGGCUCCACGGCUAAUUCAAGCUUUUGCCUCGGAUGUUGCUUCAAUCCUGGUUGCUGGAACAUUUGAUACAAAUCCGGAUGUGCUUUUGGUGGUAUUUCCAACACUUGAGUUAUUCGGGGAGAUAAUGGAGUACAGAUUAAAGCCCAUUGGGAAACAGCUAGUGAGGGUGUGUCAUCGGUCCCUGUCCCACAAUCACUGUCGCGUACGCGUGGCUGCCCUGAAGGCCGUCUGCAGAUUGACGAUGUGUGGAGCUCAUGAUGCUAUUUACGAAUUAACUGCGUAUCGAGACCCGAAUCUUGUUCCCAUUAAGGCCUUUUAUGAACCUGUCCCGAAGACGCAAUAUUUAGCUAUGCUGGCCACAGAUAAAAACUCAGUUGUAAGAAAGGAACUAUAUACAACCGUAGCCUGUUGGUUGCGGGAGCUGGGUGAACGGAAAGAACAUGAGUGCCGCCUUCUGCCAUAUCUUCUGGCUGGGUUUCAAGAUGCUUGUCCUCACUUGCAGAUGCUUGCUUUUGAACUCACCGAAGGUGUGGGUCUUCAAUACGAGGAAGAGAACGAGAAUGAGGUGAAAGAUACCCGCACCUACCUUGCCGAAGAAACUGAUGAUAUAGUCAGCGUCUGCGGCACUCCCCUGCCUCAUCCUUUUAAAAAAAGACCAUGUCUAGGAGCACGGAUCAUGGUGAAGAGCGUAGCAGCAAUAAUCCUUCAUGCUAUCUCUAUGGACAUUGAGUGUUGGACGAUGGGCACUAAAGAGCUUGCAGCGAAUUUUCUUCUUACACUCUUGUUCUUUGUCGAAUCACAUAUCACCAUGCACUUGAUGCCCCUCCUUAAAAUAAUGCACAGAGCUAUUGGCGAACCUUCUAUCUCUAACAAGAUUCUGGAGAGUGCCAAGGUCUUGGGUUUCUUCGUACCUCCAGAUUCUUAUUUACCUUUGAUGAUGCCACGGAUACAUGGAGAUGUGAGUGCUGAUGUUUCCGUACAUACUUUGGGCCAUGCUUUGCAAUUGUUGGAUGGUAUUCUCGCCGGAAGCAGUCCCGAGCACAUCCUGCCACACAUCCCUGAAAUAUGCUCCACCCUCACCGAUCGUCACAUCAUGACCAGCAUUCAGCAGAGCGUUAAUGAUGGGGUUGUAGCAGUAGCGAAACAGCUCAUUAGAGCUUGGGAUCAAAACGUAUGCGCCCAAGAAGUCUCAGCCAUGCUGUGGCUAUUAUUGAAUGCCGCAGCAGCUUCCGAUUUUUGCUCUCGUUCUCCGCAUGAGGCUGAGAGUGCAAUACAAGCUCUGGCUUCGGCAUCAGGCAACGAUUCAGGAGAAGCAAUUAUUGCAUUUUAUGUGGACGAGAUAUUAGAAAUUUUGCCUCAUCCUCGAAAAUGGGCAUUGCGAUCGCUGGACGGGUUGGUUUUCUGCAGGAUUCUACAAUCAUCUGUGUUGGUGGAUGAGACAACUCUGGACAAGUUGAUAAAGGCUUUUGGUUAUUGCAUAAGAAAGGCAGCUGAUGACGACGUAAAACUCCGGUUGAUAAGGGCAGUUGAGCAGCUACUGACGAAAGGGGAAUUCGAAUGGGCACAAGGCAAGCGACACAUUGGCAAUAUGUGGGAAAGCUUCUUAGUUCCAUGUUUGCAACAAGAGGAUGUAUUAGUACCACCUACACUCAAUGCGAUUGUUUCAAUUUGGUCUAAAUCAAUUCCAAAGGAGGUCACCAUCAAACGUCCAUUCCAUGAUACUGAAGAUGCCUUAAUGAGAGCUAUCGAGAAGGUAGUGAGAAAGCACUCCAAAGAAGAGGCGGAGGAAGUAGUUGCCACAAAUGGAGAUCUAGGUGACCAAGAAAAACUGCUAGAAGAAAAGAGAUUCCAGGAGUUUAUGAAGAAAGCAUCAAUACCUCCUAUCGACGCCCCUAUGGUCGACCAAAUCAAAGCAAAAUGCAUGGAGACGUUGACGUUCAUGAUCGGUAGAAGUGCGAAGAGAUUUGAUGCCGGACGAAAAGUGUUCUAAAGAACAUAAUUUGAAGAAACACCAUACGUGCACCUCAGAACGGGGCUUCCUGUACAUUCCUUAUUUAUAUCUACUCCUGGUAAUAUAAUAGUAGAUUAGAAAGAGGAAAGUGCAAAAACAUUCUCAAAUGAUGAGACUAGUUGUAUGUAUAGAGAAAACUAGAGAUGGUAGUAAGUAUGAACAACACAAUGUGUUAGCAAAAGAUGUAAUAAGAAGAGAAGUACUUAAGAAGACAAUGCAAGUACUUUAGAAUGAAUAAGACUUAAUCAUAGCAUUUAGUAACCAUCUCAAGCAAUAGAACUACACCAAAAUAAAUUUAUACUUUCUAAUUAUUUUUUUCUAA